UGAGGAGCUAGGCUAGCUUUAGACACUGCCAGCAUCAGUGGCUAUGGCUUUUGGGUUUUGCCUUAGUGUGAUCUUGCUCCUCUCUGUGUGGACAACUGCAAAAUGUGAUAAUAUUCCCAAUGGAGUUCUUCAUAUGGAGUGUCGUGAUCGUUACUUCAUGAUCGCUUUUCUCUUCUACACUGGGAAUGAACCUUCCUUUGAGGCUGUUGAUGAGACAGGUGUGUACCCCAUCACUAAGCAGUAUGCAGCAAAGUGUGGCUACAGUGUCGCUGUUUUCCCAACAUCGGAACAUGUGGAGCUCCGAGCCUCUUACUUCAGCUGCCACACUGACAACAAGGAGGAUGAAGUGUUCACAUUCAACUUUAACCUGAUUGUGACACACAAAGGAAAGGAAGUUACCUAUGCUUUGAACAAGACCUGUUCUCCCUCGCUACCUUGGUCUCCCAGAGAGGUCACCUGUGAGAUCAACUACAUGGAAGUGAAUGGUGUUCCAGUAGAGGUGGUCCAUGCAACACUAUUCUCCAGACAAAGCUGGGUUUUAGUCAUGGUUGACCUGGUGGCUGCUUGCUCCAUGCACAAAGGAUCACAUGACAACCGUGGCCACAUUAUGUGGGAGACUCCUGAGGUACUGCAUCCAUUGGUGUCAGGUCAUAACCAGAUGCAGGUCAACAUUGGCGUCAAUGGUGAACUUGUGGAGCAGCCAGUUGCAGAGAAGAGAGGCUAUAUUGUGAAGCAGCACAACUCCACAGUUGAGAUCAGCAUCCCCUAUGAGGCUGAAGGAGGAUACAGGAAGGUCAGGAGGCAGGGUUAUUUUUCAUUACACAUGUUUUAA